AGUGAUGGUACAGAAGGUUAUAUUGCUGUUGUCUUUGAGGUGUCCUGCAAGCCAUGUGACUCUGUUGAAGAACCGCCCUCAAGCUCAAUUGGUCAUGAACAUACUCGGAAUUCCCCMUUGCCUCCGUCGGAAUUAACUAAGAGUGUUGAACCGGAAUGUUUUGACAGCGUUUUGCUCGUUGGAAGAGAUACCGGAAAUGACCCUUUUUGUGAGUACACAUCCUUUCCACUCAUUGUUGAAGAACUUGACGAUAUUGGCUCGAACGAAGUGCGCUUUUCAAUCACGAACUAUUGGGUUUCCUCAAGUUCAGAAAUCGAAUUGGUUUAUGAUAGAGGUGAUGGAUUAGGUCGCCAGUACCAAUCGUUGAACUCGCUAUCAAGAGGUACAAUGUACCCAUUUACUUUAGCUGCGGCCUGCGACCCCACAUCAAAGUCUGCAACAAUUGAGGUUCAUGUCUGUAACAAUGGUGUUUUGCAUUCUUCUUCGAGGGCGAUGUGUGGUGAUGGCAGUGUAGGUUCUUGUUCCUUUACAUACAAGGUUCCGUGUUCGGCAGAUAUUCUUUGUGAUGGCAGUCGUCGACUGAAUGACCGCAAUAGCAUAAACAUUGAGCAAGGCUUUUUGACAGAUGAAAUGAAAGCUGCAGCAGAACCAUGUAAUGACGACGAUGAUGCUCCUUAUUGCCUUCAUGAUGACUACCCUUGUCAAGGAGAUGAGGAACGAAUGGUUUACGUCUGUCAUUACUCCAGCAUAUCUGGAUAUCAAACUUUCUGCGUUCCGGAGGUAGAUUCUGAUAUCUUACGCUUCAAUAGCAAUCACCAUUGUGGCCCAUGUGAUGGGUGGAAUGGAGUGGAGCAGUAACAUACAUAUUCUAAAGAAAUAUGCAUUAGAGAU